AUGAAACUUCUUUUGCUUUCAAUUUUUCUUUGUGCACAAGUGUCGGGAAGAGUAAAAAGUGCGGGGCUGACAAGAAAACAAAAAGCAGUUUUAUUUCGGCGAAUAAAUAAGCAUCUUGAAAAAGGAAAUCCACAGGACUCGAUUCCCGAGUUCAUCAAAAAAGAAGGGCAGCUGCUGACAAAAGAAGUGACAGAAAUCGUCCAGCAAGUCAUCAGAAAUCGUCUGAGAACAAGGCCAAAUCCUGAGGAACGAGUUUGGCUUCCCUUGCCCACGACGCUUCCUCCAAAACCACUCGAAACAACGAUCGAUCCAAAAACAAGCGUAGUUUACUACGAAUACAACGCUUCUGAGGCCUUUGCUGAUCAGCGAUUUUUCAACUUCAAACCAUCUGUUCAACCAGAAGAACCAACAACAAGCUCUCCGAUUCUAUCCUUAUUCUUUGCAGAUGCCGAAGAACCACAGCCAGAUGAGUACAUGAAUAUUGAACGGGUUACAAGCCAAAUCGAGUCUGAGUUUGAUGAUAUAACUGAGGCUCCAACUGAAAUACCGACAUCGAAGACCACGAGCUUCAACACGCGACCAGAAUGGAUGGAGGUCUUCCCAAUUCUUCGCGAGCUCAAGAAAAUCUUCACAGACGCAAAUUACGAUGCAAUAAUGGACAAUCGUCUUUCCCGAGCAAAUCCAGCGCAAGAAAUUUCGAUCGAAAAAUUCGAACAAAUUGAAAAAUUCGAAAAAGAAAUCGGUUCUAGCGAUUUUGAAGAGUGGGAUUCAGAAGAAAGCCUGGUAGAAGAGUGCGAAAAACUGAUCAAUUCCGAAGUCGGGAAAGAAAUUUACGCGAUUGUGGAUCAGCUGACUUCAGAAAAGGAUCUUUUAUUGAGAAUUAUGGAACUUCGCUGA